CUGUGCUAGGGUUAUGUCUGCUCAGUUUUGUGUAUUUUUUUCUUCCUUUUUUUUUUUAAUAUAAUAAGGAGAUAUAGAUUUCUUGUAGUUGCAUCACAUAAUGCGGUCCGCAAUUUAAAACCUAGGUCCCCAUAGCAUUUUGGUUAAGACAGUUACCUUUUUCACAAGUAUAAGUACAGAGGAGGUUGUUAUAUACACAUGGCCAGUCUAAAAGUGUUACCUAACCAGCUGUAAUGAGACUCAAAAAUAUGCAAAAUAAACUUUGUGAUUCCCAAUAGUCCUAUCUCAAAAAUUUCAAAAAUCUUUUAUCAUUCACAUAGAUUUUUGUAUUGAUCCAAAAUAUAUUCAGUCUCCAAGAUAUAGAAAGAGAGAAAAAGAGCUCUAUUUUAAUAGGACACUCCCAUGUUAGAGCUAGCUAACUGGUUAUGGGCACAGUAGAAAUGAUGAUUACAUUCCACAUGAAAACUUUGGUCUUUUUUCUUUGCCUCUUUCUCUCUUCAUUUGGUGAAAACUUGUUAACUUGUGAGACAACAUCACCACAUGAUUCUAUCUACCAUUGCAAUGAAAAUGAGUCACAAAAUCAUCAUUGUGAAACAUUUGCACUCUUUUUCACAAACUCUCACUAUUCCUCUCUCUCAAACCUUACCUUAUACUUAGGACUCAACAAGUUUAUCAUAGCAGAAACAAAUGGUUUCUCUGCAGAAACUGAGUUUCUUCCAUAUAAUCACCCUCUUCUUGUACCUAUUGAUUGCAAAUGCAAAAAAAGUGGUUUUUUUCAAGCUGAGUUAACAAAAACUACUAUCAAAGGUGAAAACUUUUAUGAUAUUUCUCAAUCACUUGAAGGCUUAACAACUUGCAAAGGUAUCAAAGAUAGCAACAUUGGUGUCUCACCUUGGAACCUUGAUUCUAAACUCAAAUUGAUUGUUCCUUUGAAAUGUGCUUGCCCUUUUUCUUCUUUUGUUAUACCAAAACCAAAAUUUCUUCUUUCUUAUCCUCUAAGUCAAAAUGAUACAAUUUCAAAUUUGGCCUUAAAGUUCAAUAUUUCAAAGGAAGCUAUUGUUAGUGCCAAUAACUUUUCAUCAUCAUCAUCAUCAUCAGAAGAGGAAAUUCUUAGAACAAGAAGCUUAGAACCAUUUACCUCUAUUCUAAUUCCAUUGAAUGAGAAACCUUUUCUUUUUCUUGAUCCCUUAGCUAAGCCAAGACAACCCAAUUCAGAUUUUCCAAGAACAAACAAUAUUUCAAUAAAUAGUCCACACAAGAAAUCAAGAAUGAGAAAGAGUGAGGUUUAUAUUGGCCUAAUUGGUGUUGCAAUCGGUGUUUUCUUUGCUUUAGUUGUUGCUUUUUUCUUUAUGUGGUUGAAGCAAAAGAAGGUGGAAGAAAAUUCAUGCAAAGAAAGAGAUUUGGAGCUACAACAUCUAAAUCUAAGUGUGAGAACUACAAGUGAUAAGAAAGUUUCAUUUGAAGGGUCACAAGAUACACUUGAGAGUAAAAUCAUCGAUGCAACGACUCCGCGUAAGAUGUUGCUUGAGACAUACACAAUUGAAGAUUUGAGAAAAGCAACUGAGGAUUUCAGUUCAAAUUGUCACAUUGAUGGAUCAGUUUUUCACGGUUGUUUAAAUGGAAAAAAUUUGGCAAUCAAAAGAAUAAAAACCGAAAUGGUGUCGAAAUUAAAUCUUGGCCUUUUUCAUGAUGCAAAUCAUCAUCAUCCAAACAUAAUCAACCUCCUUGGAACAAGUAUUUCAGAAGGGUCAUCAGAUUCAGAAUCCUUUUUGGUUUUUGAGUAUGCUAAAAAUGGUUCAUUGAAAGAUUGGCUUCAUGGUGGCUUGGCCAUCAAGAAUCAAUUCAUAGCUUCUUGCUAUUGUUUCUUGAAUUGGGAUCAACGGCUUCGGAUUUGUCUUGAUGUGGCUAGUGCUUUGGAUUACAUGCACAAUGUUAUGAAUCCAAGUUAUGUGCAUAGAAAUGUGAAGAGUAGGAACAUCUUUUUAGAUGAAGAAUUUGGUGCUAAGAUAGGUAAUUUUGGUAUGGCAAGUUUUGUUGAGAAUGAAACCGAGGAUUCUCGAUUUUAUUCAACUAAUUAUGCUUCUUGGAGUAUUGGUUAUUUAGCACCUGAAUAUGUUCAUCAAGGUAUAGUUUCAACAAGCAUUGAUAUAUUUGCUUAUGGUGUUAUUUUGUUAGAAAUUUUAUCUGGUCAAACACCAAUAAGUGGAUCAAGUGAUAGAGGUGAAGGAAGUGUUUGGCUUAGUGAUAAAAUAAAAACUACUUUUAUGUCAGAAAAUAAUGUGAAUGAAUUGUUAAGGGAAUGGAUUGAUAGUGCAUUAGGGGAUAAUUACUCAUUUGAUGCAGCUUUAGAAGUGGCUAAUAUUGCAAGAGCUUGUGUUGAGGAAGAUUGUUCUUUGAGGCCUAAUGCAAGAGAGAUUGUUGAGAAGAUUUCAAGAUUGGUGGAGGAAUUACCAAAUGAGGAACAUCAAAUUUUGAUGAGUGAAAGCUCUUGCAAACCUCUUGUGGAAGGACUAGGAAGCAAUAUGUGAAAAAUCCAUCAAGUGAAUAGAAUACAUAAAGUGGUCAAAGUCUCUUAUUUUUAAGUCUUUGUCUUGUUGAUUUGAAUGCCUAAAUCUACCUUAAAAUUUCUCUUGUCCUUGUGUCUUGGCAUGUAGUUUAUCCUGUUGUUACCCUGUCUCAAAUAUUAUAAGAUAGAUAGAAUUGUGUUCUUUUUUCUUUUUGUCAAGAUAACAAAACCAUUUAGAGAUCAAUGGUUCAAAAUGGGGGGAGGAUACCGCCAAAGACAUUUUAUGUCAAAGGCAAAGUGUAAGCAUGUUUAAGUGAGAUGAGUUAUAGUAGGCUUCUGGUUGAUGAGGUUCUGGUUGAUGAGGUUUAAAUAAAAUUUAAAUAAAUUACAACAAACUCAAUUGAUAUGAGCUAAGGUUAAAGGAGUUAAAAGUUCUAGGUUCAAAUCCGGACUAAAAAGGAAAAAAAAUCUACCGUUUCAAAAACAAAAGUAGAGGUUGACGAUGUUCUUGUUAAAUUUCUUAGGUUCAAAAUUUGUCCCUAUUUUUUUGAUGCAUGUCCAUGGUGGCCUGAAGAAGGCUCUCAUGGUGGUGGUGAGGCUAGGUUUGGUAAGACAGAAUGCGUACUCCCAUGUCAUACACCAAAUGUAAUCGCCCUAUAUAAUUUAAUUCAUUGCUAGUUGCAACCAUGAAGUAAAGGACGAACAACAAGUUGUGCCGCUAACCCGUUAUGUUAUUUUUUACCUAAUCUUUGACAAAAUCACCACCAACCCAAUUUCAAUGGAUAAUUUUAAGUCUAGAGGGAGUUUUUGGAGUUUUUUUAAGAAUAUAUUAACAAAAGUUAUGGGAUGAACAACGCAAACUUCGAGCCAAAGUUCAUACACAUAUUAUUUAAGCGACGUGAUGUAUGAUAUGAUGAUAAAAAAAUAUCAACAUCAAUGAAAUUGUAAGAAAAUUCUUUUAUAAAUUUAAUUUAAAACAUGUCGUAUUCUCAUAUUUUAGA